CAUUCAUACAAUCACUUCAUUUGAGCCCAAGAUAUGGCACAACAGAUGACAACAACGAAGACAUCACUCGAGACCACAGAUGACAGCAAUGAAGACAACAGACAACAAACACAAAUUUAUGCGAAGAACUCAAUGGACAGAUUCGGUGAUGAUUUGUGUCAACUGUUGUUAUACUAUCUCUCACUCGAAGAUCGGUUUCGAUUGGAAAGUGUGUCCAAACAGUUCCAGAGAACUGUCUUCGAGAGUGUUGUGGACAUCACUCUUAACGACAAACUCAUCAAUCGAUUCCGAUACGAAUGUGUGUCCAAACAGUUCCGGAGGAAUAUCUACAAAAGUGUCGUAAACUUCAAAUUGAACGACAAAUUAAUCCGAAAAAUGCCCGAAAGAUAUUACCCGCAAAUGUUGGCCACAAUUACCACAAAGUGUCCCAACAUUGAGAUCAUUGACUGCCGAAGACUGGAAUCGAGUCGCCUCUCGAGUCACGCGCCGGAAAUGUUGCACACGUUUCGCGACAAGUGUUGGCAUUUGCGGGACAUUUACUGCAAUCCAAUGUUGACUAACAUUAAAGCGCUGCACGAUUUGCGACCACUGGUCACCCGAAUCGGAUCCAAGCGGCGGUGCGGCGGCCGUUAUGUCCGACACUGCGAACGUAUGUUUGACUUAUCGGUCAAAUCAUUGUCUGACGUCUACUCCCAGAAGAGGGUAAUACUGACGAAGAGAUUACGCAAAUUGUCGUUCGAGACCUACGAUGGCGUCAACGGCGCCAACAAUGAAGUGUUGGCCGUUAUUGCGUUCAACAAUAAGUCGCUGACAUGUCUGGCGAUCAGAGAUCUAAAGCCGCCGUCCAUUGAGAUUAUGAAUGAAUUUGCGGACGUAUUGUCACAACGAUUACCACAAUUACGUAAAUUGACUCUUCAUUUCGAUGUGACAGACAUUCAGUACUCAAUAGACGGCUCUUUGUCUGCAAUUGCUGUGAAGUGUAAACAAUUGAAACGAUUGUCACUCGUAUUGCAGUCGAAGUCCAAACAACCGGUUGUCCAGACAUUGCAUUCAUUGCCAUAUUUUUCGCAAUUAAAACGAUUGCUUAUAAACCUCUACCCGACUGUCAGUUCCUUCCAGUUUCUAAGCUAUCAAUUCGUGGAUCCGUUGAGACUUUGCCGCCGAUUAACGCAUUUAAGUCUUCAGUUCUCGCAAAUAAAUCCUAAUAUUUUAGACAAUUGUCACACAUAUUGGCCGCGACUUCAAUACCUAUUCAUCAAAUCUGCGGUAAUGACUGGCGAUUGUUUGUCACACAUCUCAAGACUACCGGCGCUGCAAACGCUUGUCAUUCACUUGAGUAAAGACGUUGAUCUCUCGGAUAAUAAUUAUGAAGACCUGUUGUUCAGAAGUUACUUCAAUGUUCUUGAGUUUAGGGUUUGUGGUCAACAGAUCCUCGAAAUGAUGAUCAUUGAGAGUAUGAUCGGAGCGAAUGACAAGUGUCUGCAGCGCCAGUAG